AUGAGUGUGUUCUGUGCCAUCUCCAACACCGUGCCGGUACAUCCGGUACUCAACAAGGUAUCUGGCAGUGUAUACGAACGCCAACUGGUUGAAAAAUACAUUGCUGAGCAUGGAAAAGAUCCGUCUUCUGGUAAAGCGUGUACAACGGAGGAUCUAAUUGAUAUGAACUUACCUACACCUUUAAAACCCGCCCCCGCGUCUAUCACUAGCGUACCGUCGCUGAUUAAGACUAUGCAGGACGAGUGGGAUGCAGUACUGUUAGAGAUGCACCAGCUCAAGAAGAGUCUACACGAGACCCGUCAGGAACUAUCGCAUUCACUGUACCAACACGAUGCUGCAUGCAGGGUGAUUGCCCGUCUAACUACAGAGAGAAACGAAGCACGUAAUGCGUUGCAAGAGAUCAGCGUGAGUAAUGCUAUGCACAUUGCGGAGGCGGACAAGCAAGCUAAUAGUGCCGGUGAGGGUGUUGCUAUGGAAACCGAUGGCGGCGAAAACGUAAACGCACACGCGACACAGAACGGCAUGCCCGAGGAGGUGCUCGAGCAGAUCCGAGCCACGGCCUCGGAGCUGGUCGGUAAGCGUAAAAAACGUAAAAAGGGUGCCAAUCUAGCUAAAACAGAGGACAUUGGCAAUAUGAAGCUGGUACAAAGUCUUACAUCAAUACACUCAGCAUCCAGCAAGGGUGUUACAAGCCUGGCCUUGCAUCCCACGGACAGUAAUCUGCUACUCACCGGAGGGGUAGAUAAGAAGGUGGUCGUGUACGAUCGCGAAGCCGAAAAGGCCGUGCACACGUUCAGCGACCACACCAAGAAGAUCACAGAGGUUGCCUGGAACUCUAGUGGCAGUGUGGUGUAUAGUGCCUCUGCGGACGGUACGGUCAAGAUCAAUGGACUGGGUGAGAGUGCGGGUGUAAGCACUAUUAGCUGCCACAGCAAGGGCGUGAGUUGCUUGGCCAUCAACCCUGCCGGCAAUGUGGUGGUGACGGGUUCGUUAGACGGCACCUGGGCCAUAUCAGAUGCGGUAUCAGGUACCACAUACGCACAGUAUAAAGUGCCGGAUAACAGUGAAGUGCACGCGGCAAAGAUCCAUCCUGAUGGUCUGCUGGUAGGCACGGGUGGUAAGGACGGGUUAAUCAAGAUCUGGGACAUCACCGAGGGCAAGAGCGUGGCCGACUUCACAGGGCAUACAGACGCGGUAACGGACUUAGCAUUCAGUGAAAACGGUUACUAUAUGGCCAGUACAUGCAACGACAACACAGUCCGACUUUGGGAUCUUCGUAUGAAGAAGAUUCUCAACUUCAAGGUGUUCGAGUACGACGGCAAGAUCAACCCACACUCCGUUCAAUUCGAUCGUUCCGGUACCUAUCUAGCCGUGGGUGGGCAGGACACACGCGUGUAUGUGGUUAAACACUGGGACGAAUUAUGUCGACUGGAAGACCACACCGGCGCUGUUACUAAGGUGGCAUUCGGCCCGGAUGCCGGGUCGAUUGUCUCAGCGUCGAUGGAUCGCCGGGUGAACAUCUAUGGCUUCUAG